UGAUGUGGACAUAUUCGGGUCUGGCUUGAAUCCGGUUUCUUACCAAAUAUUAAAUAUAAAAAACCCGCAGAUCAAUGAUAAUAGCUCCAGCUUAAAAACCAGAUAUUCAAAUAUUUUGCACAAUCGACAUUAGUCGCAGCUGCGCCGCGAUGCAGGACAGUUGGAAACGGUGCUUGUCAUGAUCAGACCAAAGAUUCUCGGCCUGCUCGGCCUGCUCGGCCUGCUGGCUGUCUUGGCAGUUGCCCGCGCCGGUGCCAGCCCCAACGAUGCGCAGAUAUUGAAAUUUGAAAAUGUCAACUUGGAUGGCAACGGCUAUGCCUUCUACUACGAGACGAGCGACGGCAUCUCGCGCCAGGAGACGGCCGAACUGAAGCAUGCCGGCACCGCACAGGAGGCCAUUGCCGUACAGGGUAGCGUUAAAUGGGUGGGACCCGACGGUGUACACUAUAAGCUCAACUAUUUGGCCGACGAGAAUGGAUUUCAGCCGGAAGGCGAGCAUCUGCCGCGCCAGGAAACGUCGUCCGGAAUGCGCUGAUCACGUGAUCUCACCUGUGCUUUUGUUGUUAAAAUGUUAAAAGAUGUCUAUAAAUAUCCAAAUAUGUAGAUUGUUGAUUUUUGACAAUGUGA